AUAAUUUUUUCUGUUCAAGCAAACAAGGCAUUAGAUUAUGGUAGAUCGCUUGGCUCCGCAAAACCACCGUGACACUCUUCUCACUCCUCUCCGGGAAACCAAAAAACCCCAAAUUUUCUUUCAAAAUCUCACAAUCCAAACACCUUUAUUUUCCCAUUCGAAUCGAAGCAAUAACAAAAUAGUCGUGUUUGCGGUGAUCAAAUCAAAUGGAGGAGAGGAAUCAUCAUCAUCAUCGUGGUGAGGAGGAAGACGAUGAGACCGAGAGCAGCGACUACACGUCGGAGGACGAAGGCACGGAGGACUACCGGCGCGGCGGCUACCACGCCGUCCGACUUGGCGAUUCCUUCAAAAGCGGCCAGUACGUCGUCCAGAGCAAGCUCGGCUGGGGCCACUUCUCCACCGUCUGGCUCGCUUGGGACACCCUCAACUCGCGAUAUGUGGCACUUAAAAUGCAAAAGAGUGCGCAACAUUACACAGAGGCAGCAAUGGAUGAGAUUACCAUCUUGCAACAGAUUGCAGAUGGUGACCCUGAUGAUAAGAAAUGCGUAGUGAAAUUGUUGGAUCAUUUUAAGCACUCGGGUCCAAAUGGGCAGCAUGUUUGCAUGGUUUUCGAGUAUUUGGGGGAUAAUCUACUGACACUGAUCAAGUAUAGUGAUUACCAUGGAUUGCCUAUUCAAAGAGUCAAAGAAAUAUGCUCUCAUAUUUUGGUGGGUUUGGAUUACUUGCACAGACAGCUCUCGAUUAUACACACUGAUUUGAAACCAGAGAAUAUUUUAUUGUUGUCCAUGAUUGACCCAUCUAAGGAUCCUAGAAAAUCUGGUGUUCCUUUAAUUCUUCCUAACAGCAAGAAUAAGACUAUGUUUGAGUCUGGUAUUGCAAAAGAUGUCAAGACAUGCAAUGGGGAUUUGACUAAAAGCCAAAAGAAAAAGAUUAAAAGAAAGGCUAAGCGAGCUGCUCAGGGUUGUGCAGACAAGGAAGCUUCUGCAGAAACUGAGACAGAACCUGAAACAUCUGGUGCUGGGGAGGCUUCUAAAAAUUCUAACUCAAAUGUGGGUUCUGUGGAAGACCAGCGUGAUGGUUCUGUCAGUACAAAUAUUUUGUCCAUAGCUGAUGGAACUAACAGUGCGCAAGGAAGUCAGGGCCAUAAAAGAGGGAGCCGAUCCACAAGGCAGAAGCUGUUGGAAUCGGCUGACCUGACAUGCAAAUUGGUUGACUUUGGGAAUGCUUGUUGGACCUACAAGCAAUUUACAAAUGACAUUCAAACAAGGCAGUAUAGGUGUCCAGAGGUUAUCCUAGGUUCUAAAUAUUCUACCUCAGCAGAUCUUUGGUCAUUUGCUUGCAUUUGUUUUGAACUUGCAACAGGUGAUGUUCUUUUUGAUCCUCAUAGUGGUGACAACUUCGACAGAGAUGAGGACCACUUAGCAUUGAUGAUGGAGCUUCUUGGGAUGAUGCCACGAAAGAUUGCCUUGGGUGGUCGUUAUUCCCGGGACUUAUUUAACAGAUAUGGUGAUCUAAGGCACAUCCGACGGUUGCGUUUCUGGCCCUUGAAUAAGGUUCUGAUGGAGAAAUAUGAAUUCAGUGAGCAAGAUGCAUCUGACUUGGCUGACUUCCUGAUUCCCAUACUUGAUUUUGUCCCAGAGAAGCGGCCAACUGCAGGACAAUGCCUACUUCAUCCAUGGAUUAGUUCAGGUCCUCGUCUUCUAGAACCUUCCAUUCAAUCCCAAGCAGCUGAUACUGUAAAUUCCGAGACAAAGAAGAGAGAUAAGGAGGAGAGAGAAGCCAUGGAGGUUGGAAUGGGGAAUGUUACCAUCAAUGCAGACUCUAAACAGUUCAUAGACCCUCAGUCCAGUAGUAAACCGUCAAAGACAAUCGUAGGCAGUUCAUCUAGGUAAAGAUGGCCUAUGUUCUGUUCACAUAAUUUUUCUUCAACAGCGGUUUGAUUCUUCCAAGGCAUGAUUUGUUCCCCAAUUGGUUUGUACUGACAUUUUGUUUGUGGAUGGGCUUGUUAUAAUACGGUGAGAUCGACAAAGCAAUAGCUUAAAGCGGUCAGAUACCAGAUUAAGAAGAAUAGAUUCUCCUUUCUCGCGCAAUCUUUGUACGGUGCAUACUUACCCUCUGUAUGCAAUAGCUCAGAUCUGGUCUUCAUGAAAAUUCUCAGGUUUGGUGACUUUGUAAGGAGAUUCAUUUGAUGUUGAAACUUGUUCGACAUAUUAAGGAAUAUUUUUGUUACUUUGAACAUAUUUUAAUGGUUCUACUGGUGUUGGGUGUAUGUGAGAUUUUGCCGAUCCUAUAUGUCAUAUAAUUUCCAUGUUUUGUUA